UAAUUUCUCUUGCAGUGUGUCACUGACAAGUCAUUCUCUCCUCCAUGGGCAUCAGUAAGUUCUUAACCAAAAACAUUCCAGUUCAAAGAAACGGAGAUAACAACACAAGGCCAGCUCCCACCCCCACAACCGGAGCUGUGAAGUUGAGCCCGCCCCCCUCGGCCUCUUCCUCCUCCUCCUCCUAUACGGUAGCUUACAAUAAAGAGGAAGUCCCUUUUCCUGGCGGAAACGUCAACAAAGGCCCUGGUGCCGGAGGCAUCAAUUCAGGCACAAAAUCGGGAAGUAUCAAUGACAACAAGGGAGAAAUUAAUUUCUAGCUGGUGCGAGUUUCUAUUUUUUAACUUGAAUGAAAGAUGUUACUUAUGAGCAGAUCAUGAAGGUACGUACGUUCCCGAUAAUCAAUAAAUAAUUUGCAGCUGCUUUUUUAUAUUUAUGGGAAUGUAUGGUCGAAAACCGUAAAGGGUGUUGAUGAGGUUUGAUCUUGAAACUUAUUGAAAGUGUGAGGGUUAACGUUGAGAUUUAGGUAUGUGUUCAUAAGAACUUUCUUGAAUGUAUAAACUGUAUGUGCUGAGUGAACUUCAUUUUAUCUUAUGUUAUGAAUAAUCUGUGUUUUGAGAG